UGAUAUUCAUCCAGCAUUCCUGAGUAAUAAGAAUGGGUCCAGAUGUACCUCUGCUGAAUGAUUACAAACAGGAGUUCUUCUUGAAGCGCUUUCCACAGACUGUGCUGGGAGGUCCCCGGUUUAAAUUAGGCUAUUGUGCCCCUCCUUACAUAUAUGUGAAUCAGAUUAUUCUUUUCUUGACGCCAUGGGUUUUGGGAGGAGUAGGAACACUUUUGUACCAAUUAGGCGUUAUGAAAGACUACUAUACCGCAGCACUUUCAGGAGGACUGAUGUUUGUUACUGCACUUAUUCUUCAGAUGACAAAUCUAUAUGCAAAGCAGAAAACAGUGACAGUAGAAAGAAUGCAAAUGCAGAAUACCCUAACAGAUGAAGAUGAGUUUGAAUUUUCCAGCUGUGUAGGUUCAGAGACAGUAAAAUUUAUUAUUCCUGGCAAGAAGUAUAUAAUCAACACUGUCUUUCAUUCCCUUCUGGCAGGGGUAUUGUGUGGGUUGGGAACUUGGUAUUUGCUGCCAAACAGAAUAACCUUGCUAUAUAGCAACAUUGGAGGAACUGUUAUGAUCUUUGUAUUUGGAUGGGUGACUAUAUGUAUAGGAGAGUAUUCGUUAAUCAUAAAUACAGCUACCGAAACAGCCACUUUCCAGGCACUGGAUACUUACGAAAUCACUGCUCUGAUGAGACCUUUCUAUAUUUUUGUCUUUAUUGCAGUGGAUCUUGCACACAGGUUUGCUGUCAACACACCCAUUCUAGAACAGACAAACCAGAUUUUGCACAUCAUAUUUCUUUUUCUGCCAUUCUUAUGGGCAAUGGGAAUUCUGCCCCCGCUUGACGCACUUUUUCUAUGGGGAAUGGAACAACUGUUGGAGUUUGGACUAGGAGGUUCACCUAUGUCAAGUAACACAAAGUUAUUAGUAAUGUUUCUCAUUUCUGCUGGAACAGCAAUAGCAUCGUAUUUCAUUCCCAGCACUCUCGGUGUGAUCCUCUUCAUGACUGGAUUUGGGUUCAUACUGAGUCUUAACCUAAGCGAGAUUGGUUUUGCCUUCAAACACACCAUGAUCAGCCAUUUAGCCUCCAGCAAAUCUAAAAAUAUGCACAGAGGUCUUAGAAUACAAUUUGGGUGGAGGGAAUUUAUUUUUUAUUUGACUGUGUUGACAUUUGCUCUCAUAGAAGCUAGCCUGCUGCAUCAAUUUGCAGACUUUUCAUCGUUUUCCAAAGCCAGUCCUCAGGCUGUAGCGAGUUACAUUCUGAUCAUAUUACUUGUAAUUAUGUGGAUUCUUAGAGAGAUUCAGAGAGUGUACUUGUUUGGAGUCUUCCGAAACCCCUUUUAUCCAAAGGAUGUCAGGACUGUGACUGUGUUCAUGGACAAGCAAAGAAGGCUAAUGAAAGUUGGUGUUGUCAGGAGGAUUUUACUAACACUAGUGUCUCCGUUUGCUAUGAUAGCAUUCCUGUCACUAGACCGUUCGCUACAAAAUCUUCAUUCUGUGUCUGUUUGCAUUGGAUUCACAAGAAUAUUUAGGAUGGUCUGGCAGAAUACAGAGAAUGCCCUCCUGGACAUAGUGGUUGUGUCAAUAGCACAAAUGUUGGUAUUUAAUCCAGACCUCUGGUGGAACAGGAGCCUUGAUACAGGAAUCAGACUCUUGCUGGUUGGUAUCCUACGGGAUCGACUGCUUCAGUUUGUCUCAAAGUUGCAGUUUGCCAUAGCUAUUCUUUUGACAUCGUGGACAGAGAAAAAACAACGUCGUAAAUCUACCGCCACCUUAAUCACGCUCAAUGUCGUUUUCUUCCCAAUCCUGCUGACCUUCGUUGCCAUCUCUGCGGUCCUUUCUUCUCCCUUGCUGCCGCUCUUCACGCUACCAGUAUUUUUGAUUGGGUUUCCCAGGCCUAUCCGAAGCUGGCCGGGACCUGUGGGCGCUACAGCGUGUGUUUGCUCCGAUACCGUGUACUACCAGCAGAUGGUUCCAAGUCUGGCUGUUGCUCUGCAGUCUGCACUAGCAGCCGGUAGCCUAGGUCUCUCUCUACCUGGAUCACAUUACUUGUGCCGUUUUCAGGAUAGACUGAUGUGGAUACUGGUGCUAGAAAAAGGCUUCACUUACUGUGGUGUUAACAUUAAGGGGCUAGAAUUGCAGGAAACAUCCUGUCAUGCUGCUGAAGCUCACAGAGUUGAUGAAAUUUUUGAAAUGGCCUUCGAACAUCAGGAGCACACACAGAUUCUCUCUCCUAAUCACCAUUUUGGACACAUUUUGACUCCUUGUACUGUUCUACCUGUGCGGCUGUAUUCUGAUGCCAGAAAUGUGUUAUCUGGAAUAAUUGACUCCCAUGAGAAUUUAAAGCAUCUGAAAGAUGAUUUCAUUAAAGUGCUUGUAUGGAUGCUUAUCCAGUAUUGUUAUAAAAAAUCAAAAACAUGGGAAAGCCCAGGCAAUGCCGACAAGAACAAAAAAAGAUCAUUUCCGGAAAAUCAGCAUAGCGGUGCAGUAGAAAGGUCCAGGCCUCUGAGGGAAGAAGAUAGCUUUAGCGUUGAUACAAUUGAGGACUGGACUGAUGAUAGUGACAUUUUUGAUCUUGAACCCAGCAGCAGACUGAAAGACAGAAGAGAACCUGGGCACUUGGGAACUACACCAAAAGUACAUCUGUCUAUUCCAGGAUCUGUAGAAACAGAGAGCCAAGACAUCCCACAAGAAAUGUCACCAGAAGAUAAAUUAUACAGGGCUGUUGUGCUUGGGCUUCCUGCUGUAGACAAAGGGAAACAGCAAGAAGUUUUACCUCAGGUUGAAUUUAGUUGCUCUUACUCAGAGCUAUUGAGCAUCCCUGAAGAAUGGAGAACAGCCCCGGUGCCUUCUUCCAAAGUCAAUGAAAUGAGGCAGAGGUUUCCAGAAGAAUGGUACCACUUCAUUUUGAGUCAACUAGACUUUCUUCAUCUGAAAGAAAAGCCUUCCAAUUUACUUGAAGACCUUAUGAAAGAUAAAGCUUUGAAAGACUUAUACAUCCAUGGAGUACUGUCGUGUUGUUUUGGUCUGUUUGGACUGGAUAACACCGUGCCUGCCCCGAGCCAUGUGUUCAGAGCGUACACUGGUGGUAUUCCAUGGUCUGUUGGUUUGGACUGGCUAACCGGCAAACCAGAGCUAUUCCAACUGGCAUUAAAAGCAUUCAGAUACACUUUUAAACUUAUGGUUGACAAAGCAAGCCUGGGUCCAGUUGAGAACUUCAAAGAGCUGGUUAACUAUCUGGAAGAAUAUGAAAACGAUUGGUACAUUGGACUGGUGUCAGAUCUUGAGUGGCAGCAAGCAGUUCUUCAGGAAAAGCCAUACCUUUUUUCACUGGGGCAUGACCCAAACAUGGGAAUUUACACUGGGCGAGUCCUCACUCUUCAGGAAUUGUUAGUACAAGUGGGAAAACUUAAUGACGAAGCUGUCCGAGGUCAGUGGGCAAAUCUGUCCUGGGAGCUGCUGUAUGCUACAAAUGAUGAUGAAGAACGCUACAGCAUCCAGGCACACCCAGUUCUUCUGCGAAACCUUACUGUGCAAGCUGCAGACCCACCUCUUGGCUAUCCCGUUUAUUCAUCUGACUUUCUGCAUCUGCCUUUGUUCUAGAAUGUCGGUAGCACUUUUUUAUUAUUAUUAUUUUGUACUUUCCAUCUGCAUGUUGGGAAUCAAAUGUUCAUGCUACGUUUAUACACUACAAAUAAGAUUUUACUCUCAAAAUGGUGUUGGAUGGCAGUGCCAAGCCAGCGUACAUAAUUUGCACAGAAACGGUGCUAGCCAGAACCUUCAGCAGGCAGGAAGUUUUGAACUGUUUUCUUGCUGCUGGAACACGUGAGACACCAUUGCCUGUGUGGCUGAUGAGCCAGGAGAUGCUGAAAUUCUCUUCUCCGGUUUGGAGAAGAGCAGCAUAAUUCUGAUCAUUAAUU